CUAGCUCUUAUUUACUUAUUUGUGUGUAUAACAGUGUAUAACGUAUAACACAAUAAUCGUUUUAUUUUUUUCUACAAUACUGCUAAAAACCACAUUUUUUUACCUUUACAAGAUAUAUCACCUUUGUAAUUAACUCAGGAGAUGGCAGUGGCACGAAGAGUUGCAAAAUCUCGACUUUUUGAAGUUCAAAAUAUCAGAAAUGCGUUAUCUGUGUGGUCAAGGUUUCUCUCUACGAAUCCAGUAAAUAGUAAGGGGAUGUGUAAAGUAGAAGAACUUCGGGGUCGUCCAUGGGUGUUGCUUGCAUCAGCCCCAGAGGUGUCCUUAGCUUGUGCUGUCAGUAGAGACUUUGAAAUGCAUAAAGGAAUUGCUAAAGAGUUCAAGAGGACAUUCGGAGACAUCACAAGUCUCAAGGAGCAAAAAAAGAGUGUUGGAGAUAUAGCUGUACUCCGUCGAAAUGAAAACAGUUUUGUCUACUAUUUGGUAACCCGUGAUAGGUGGUGGGACAAGGCAACACAUGAAUCUUUCUUCUCCUCCAUAACAGCAAUGCGAGAUCACUGUGUAGAGAAUGGAGUUACAAAGUUGACGUUACCACGUCUAGGGUCAGCAGAAGACUGGUUAGGCUGGGACGCUGUCAGGGAUAUAAUAACUGAAGUGUUUGCUGACACUGGAGUCUCUUUGACAGCUUAUUCUUCGAGAUAGCUUUUACAAUGUUCAAGCAAACAUAAGGUACCAGAAAAAAAUGUCUGUCUCAUUUAAGAUCCACUGGCCCAGGUGACAUUGUCCCAAAAUCUUUUGGCUUGAAUUUCUUUAAAAAGAGGUUUAUUGUAAAACAGUUUUGUUCUAAAUUGAUUUAAUCUAUUAGUUUAAUAUCUCCUACAUAUUUAUAUCUCAUGAGUGCAACAGUCCGGUUUGUUGCUUGAUUGGUCAAAUGCAGAUUUCACUGUUUAAAUUGAAAUACCAUAAGUUAGCCUAAUUGAUAAGUGUUUCUUCGGAUACAGAGUUCUUAUUGCUAGAACAUCAAGGAGAAAAUAGACCACUGACAUCCAGGGUUAACCUUUUAUUAUGGAACCUGGAGUAGUUAGUUAUGAGGAGAUGAUAAAGCAAAAUCCAAGGCUGAAAAUAUACUGUUUGUAAGGUAAUUCCCUUUGUUUGUUUACCUCAAAGUAUUUUUUUUUUCAUAGAAGUGUGGCAGAGCUUUUUUGUAUAGAAUGACAUUAGUGAAUCUCAUUCAGCAUCCUGCCUGUCCUUAACAAAAUGCUUGAGACUAUUAGAACUAUCUCUGGUGUUAUGUUGCACUUGGAGGGCAACACCAAAAAUAUAUAUAUUGAUGCUGGGAGAACUGGAAGCAAUAUUGGAUUCAAAUGGCGAAUAGAGUUCAAUAUUCUCUAUUCUUCAGCCAACUUCUGUAUCAAACGUAACAGCUAACAGCUAUUUAUUUGCUUGUUUUGUCAGUGUUAGGUUACUGGCUUUUCUUGUAGAUGAUUAAAUGUUUUCAUUCAU